CGAUGGCGGUGGCGGAGGCACAGCUGUAYGCAAAGGUGACCAACAAGCCCAGGAGCAGGAGCAUCUCUGCACUUCUCGAGCCCCUCCUCGCCAAAGGAUUCCCGGCCCACAUUGCGCAAAAAGCCUUGGUUGCUACAGGACAAAAGACAAUAGAAGAUGCAGCAAAAUGGCUGCAUUCCCACUGCAAUGACCCCUCCCUGGAUGACCCAAUCCCUCAGGAAUACGCUCUCUACCUGUGCCCCACGGGCCGCCUGCACAGCCGCCUGCAGGACUUCUGGAAGGAGAGCAAGCGCCAGUGCGGGAAGAACCGAGCCCACGAGGUGUUCCCACACGUCACCCUCUGUGACUUCUUCACGUGUGAAGACCAGAAAGUGGAAUUAUUGUACGACGUCUUAAAGCGAGUUGGUGACAGCUUUUYCCAGAGGUUUCCACCAUCCAUUUCCCUAACACUACAUGCAUCCCCCAGCUACCUUGGCUUCUUCAUUGAUGACAGCCAUGCAAACAUCCUCAAGGAGUUUGCUGUGGCAUUCUCAUCAGAGGCUUCRGCCCUGGCAGACUGCCRUGUGAAGCCCUCCUUGAAGCAGUUCCACCUGACCUUGGCUCACAAGUUUUACCCUCACCAUCAGAAGACUUUGGAACAGUUGGCCAAAUGCAUCAACCCYGGGGAGCCCUGCCAGUGGGUGGCUGCACUCUACUCACGGGACAUGCGCUUCGUGCAUUACCAGAGGCUGAGAGCUCUCUUCCAGUACAAACCCCAGAACAUUGACGARCUCAUGAUCAACGCUGGGGAUUUGAUCUACGUGGACCCCACACAGCAGAGUGAUGUGGGCGAGGGCUGGGUGAUCGGCACCUCRCACCGCACCGGCUGCAGGGGCUUCCUCCCGGAAAACUACACGGAGAAAGCCCACGAGUCGGACACGUGGGUCAAGCACAGGGAAUAUGUUUUUGAGACAGCUUCAAGAUCCUUCACCAAAACCCAAAAGGAACCCAGUGUAAAGCUGAAUGGGGAARCUGCUAAUCCCAGUAUGUCCAGGAGUGUAACCAAUGUGCUUUCUCUUAUGCUGUCUCAGAACACUGUCCUGCGGAGAGGGGUGCUGGUGAUGCGCCACGGGGAAAGAGUGGAUCAAGUCUUUGGCAAAUCUUGGCUUCAGCAGUGCCUGACUGCAGAUGGGAAAUACUACAGAGCGGAUCUGAACUUCCCCUCCUCCCUGCCAAAGCGGAAAGACGGCUUGAAGCAGUUUGAAUGUGAUCCUCCUUUAUCUUGCUGUGGUAUUUUCCAGGCAAGACUUAUAGGGGAAGCUCUGCUGGACCAGGAGCUGACGGUCAGCCACGUGUACUCAUCACCCGCCCUGCGCUGCGUGCAGACAGCUCAGCACCUGCUGCAGGGGCUUAGAUUAAAUCAAAAAGUCAAAAUCAGGGUGGAACCGGGRCUGUUUGAAUGGACCAAGUGGGAAGCAAGCAAAGCAAUCCCUAACUUCAUGACUGUGGCAGAACUGGUAGAGGCAUCUUACGACAUAGAGACAAAUUACAGAUCCCUUCCCUGGGCAUGUGUUUCUGUGAAGAACUGAAAGAGGAGAACAAAUGGCAGAUGGUCAGCCCGCCAGUGAAGACAUUAACUCACGGAGCAAACGCAGCCUUUAACUGGAGAAAUGUUAUCAUGGAAGAUUAAAAGGUCAUCUCACUUUUUGAAAAGGAGCCAAAGACAGGUUAUGGCUCAUCACAGUCCAGUUAUUCAUCCAGAAGACACAACAGAGCAUGGGAAAUGCCCUCUCUGACUUGUCAAAGCACAGAAAAACACUUCUGAGUUUGGUGCCUGAAUUUCAUUUUUAUUUUGGUGACAGAGAAGAAUGAACUUAUGAACUGGUGUUCAAGUGAGAAAUAACACUUCUGGUGGUGGUGAGGAAAGUACCUUUUAAYCUUAUCUGAGAGUACAAAAUGUUUAAUAAACAUGGAUGUAACUAUCUAAUUAUAACUUCCACUCCAAGAUGCACUAGACAAUGUUGUACUUUGAAGACCAAACUACAUCUAGCAAGWA